CAGUGCAAGAUGGGUCAAAGUCAGAGUGGUGAUCAUGGCCCUGGAGGUGGCAAGAAGGAUGACAAGGACAAGAAAAAGAAAUACAAACCUCCUGCACCAACUAGAGUGGGGAAAAAGAAGAAAACAAAGGGACCAGAUGCUGCCAGCAAGCUGCCACUGGUGACACCUCACAGUCAGUGCCUGUUAAAAUUACCAAAGUUAGAGAGAAUUAAAGACUAUCUUCUCAUGGAGGAAGAAUUCAUUAGAAACCAGGAACAAAUGAAGCCUUUAGAAAAAAAGCAAGAGGAGGAAAGAUCAAAGGUGGAUGAUCCGAGGGGGACCCCAAUGUCAGUAGGAAUGUUGGAAGAGAUCAUUGAUGACAAUCAUGCCAUUAUGUCCACACCUGUGGGCUCAGAACUCUACAUCAGCAUUCUUUCCUUUGUAGACAAGGAUCUGCUGGAACCAGGCUGCUCAGUCCUGCUCAGACACAAGGUUCAUGCUGUCAUAGAGGUGUUCAGGGAUGACACAGAGCCCUUGGUCACAGCAAUGAAGGUAGAGAAGACCUCCCAGGAAAUCUAUGCAGAUAUGGGGGGGUUGGACAACCAAAUUCAGGAAAUUAAGGAAUCUGUGGAGCUUCUUCUCACUCAUCCUGAAUAUUAUGAAAACAUGGAUAUAAACUCCAAAGGGGUCAUUCUCUAUGGUCCACCUGGCACAGGUAAAGCCUUAUUAGCCAAAGCAGUAGCAAACCAAACCACAGCCAGUUUCUUAAAAAUGGGGGGCUUCCUACAGCUCAUGCAACAAUAUUUGGGAGACCAAAACAGGCCAGAGAGGGAAAUAAUUCAGGGCAGGGAAGUCUCCCAAGUGACCUCUAAAUCAUACCAAAUAGGCAAUGAUAUCUCUUCUUUGUAUGUGUUCUACUGGGCAAAUACAUUGUCCUUCAAGCCUUGUCUGUUUUUACUGAAGGACAAUUGA